AUGAUGCACUCCCUGUGGCUUGACGCGCUUGGCCUUGCACUGCUUCAGCUUGCGCGAUGCCAAGAGUGUCAGAUCAACCUGCUGUCGGGUAACCUCCAGCAGGCAGUGACAUGGGGAUACCUUUCCAGCGUUGACCAGCCGCUUGCCGGCUGGAUCGACGGCCAUAUUCUGCCUCCAAUGUGCUUCUCCAAGAAAAGUCAAGGCGGAAACUUUCCCGGCAGCGCGAAGAUCAAGACUCCCACAGGGCCCAAGGCUUUGCAGGAUGUUGUCCAUGGAGAUCUGGUACAGGUCAUGCACAGCAACCACACCUUGUCGUUUCAGCCGGUGCACACAAUAAGCACUUCGCAGAGCAGUCAGAACUCCUCCAUGGUCAAGAUCACCACCAGGCGCUCAGACACAGGCGAAGAGAAAACGGUGACAGUAGGAGCACUGCAGCCUUUGCUGGGGUGUCUGUUGCCACCACGCUCGACGUGGCAAGCGCACGAGGCGGAAUUCCGGACAUACAUGGACACAUUCGGCGUUGGUGACUCAACCUGGACUUUCGAUCAGCUGUUUGAGGAGUACCACAAGUUUUUUGUGGGCGAGUUCAAUGAUGUUGCGUUCAUGGGUCAGCGCUUCAUGGCAAAAGUACGCUACGGAGCCGUAUAUUUCCUUGGGCCAGCAGCAGCUCCUCCUACUGGAUUCGAUGCAGGCAUGCAGGCUUCCAUGGACAGGGUUCUGGAUGCUGAGGAAUGUGUGGAAUUUGUGUUCCCUGGAACGGCAUUGUUAGGCGCCACCUCUCUACUGCAGGUUGAUGCUGCCACUGGCCAGCUCCACCGCGGCUAUGUCGUCAAAGUGGAGCCGGUGGUGGAAAGCAGUAACGUCCUUAUCCAUGCCAAUGCAGAGAACUUCCAACUCGUCAUCGACGAUUUCCUUGUGUCCGAGCUUGCCUUCCUUCCCAAGACCUUUGACUUACACCAGUGGGUGGAAGCGGCCAACGGCACCGACGAGUUUCCCGGGAACCUCUCGACACCCGAGGAAAUGUUUUCCUACGCCGCCUCCCUGAGGUCGAUCAUGGGCAUGCUGCGCGUGUCACAUGCUUUGUACGAGCGCUUUCCCUUGAGCGUGAAGGUGGCCUGGGACAGGGCGUUGGUGCAGGGCACCAACGAUGCAAACUCUUCCCAGCGUUCGAGCCUCAUGGAAGCUUUUGAAAGCAUGGGAAGCGCGUUGGCUCCGGGAAGCGGGGAGGAUUGGAAAGUAAGCUUUGGGGAGCUGACCUUGCAGGAAGUCAUGGACAUCUAUUUCCCGCUUGGGGCAACCCAGUACUUUGUACCUCUCGACCUGCCCUUGGGAUUGAACUCUUUGCUCAACGGGGCAAAUGACUUCACUGCGAACACUUCCUUCUACGACCUCCUCUCGCCUUUGGCCGGCAUAGUCUCAACCAUCUCAUCCUCACUCUCAACGAGCUCCGGCCCCACCGGCUCCACCGGCUCCAGCGGCUCCAAUGAUGGCACAUCGACCACGAGCGGAUCCUCGUUGGAUUCAACUUCAACCUCUGCGGCCUCUGUGGGUGAGUCGCCAGACGCACCUGGCAUCUCCACCGAAAUCAUCGCCACAAUCGUUGCUUUGGUUGUUGUGCUUGCUGGGGUGGUGGCAUGUGUCGCUUACUUCAUGUGCUUCAAGAAGAAGCGGCAAAGUGGUCAGGAUGCUCAGCGGAGUGAAGUGGCGGUGUAA